AAGAGUGCAAGACUGGAAGUCAAUACCAGCAGAUAAGAGAGAAAAGUCAAUUCCAAAAUUCCAGGGACGAUAUUUUUUCAUAUCUUGGAAGUUCCAAAGAUAUAAACAUCACGAAACCCAGUUUUACUUUUAUUUCGUUUCAUCUCUCUCUCUCUAUUUCUGUUGCAGUCACCACAAUGAGGUUCUUUAUGAAAACCUUGUACUGUAUCUGGGUUUUACAUGUACUUUUCUGUUUGGUAGCUGAGAAAAUGUAAGAAAAGCCAAGGCUUUUUAACCUUUUGACUUACCCAUUGGAAAGAAGAAGAAGAGAGAUAGACUUUUGGAUCUGUUUGUGGCCUCAGCUGGGUUCUUAAACCCAAAAGAAUGUUUCUGUUCUGCAGAUGGAUACUUCAAGGUUGAAAUAUAAGCAAACCCCAAGUGCAAUUGGAUUGAAAAUUUAUAAGGUUGUAACAAACUAUAAGCAGCAACUCAAAUUUCAAGACAAAACUUUGCUACUGAAAUUACAGAGAUUUCUGGAAGAGAGAGUUUCAGUAAGCACGUGCUAUUGCAUAUGCAAGCAUCUUUAAUAAGUUAGGCAAGGAUUUACAAUGCUGCGGGGCAAGGAUUUUGAUUGAUUGGUGAUAUUGUCCAACAUAAAAGCUGGUGAUGUCUUGUUGCUCUUUCUUCUUUCGAAAGAAGGAAGCUUCUUUUGUUAACCGGCCUGUUGAAAUCGACGAAGAACCUGGACAACCCGGCCUUUUGUUUACUUUGUUCAACUUGCAUGCUGUUGAACUAAACGCUGUUAUGGUUUCAGGCGUUUUGAAUGUGAAGCAGUACGGUUAUAGGGAACUGCAAAUUGCCACUGAGAACUUCAGUAAAGAAAAUAAAAUUGGUCAGGGAGGCUUUGGCUCCGUGUACAAGGGAACACUCAAGGAUGGGACUUUGGUGGCUAUAAAAGUCUUGUCAGCAGAGUCUAAUCAAGGGUUGCGGGAAUUUUUAACAGAAAUCGAGGUGAUUGCGACCGUUGAACAUGAUAACUUAGUUAAGCUAUAUGGUUGCUGUGCAGAAGGAGAUCACAGAAUAUUGGUUUAUGGCUAUCUUGAGAAUAAUAGCCUAGCACAAACACUGCUUGGGAAAGGCUACAGCGGUAUCCAAUUUACUUGGCUUACAAGGUGUAAAAUUUGCAUUGGUGUUGCAAGGGGGCUCGCUUAUCUCCACGAGGAGGUUAGCCCUCAUAUUAUUCACAGAGACAUUAAAGCAAGCAAUAUUCUCCUUGAUAAAGACCUCUCACCAAAAAUUUCAGAUUUUGGUCUUGCAAAGUUUAUCGCCCACCACUUGACCCAUGUUAGCACUCGUGUUGCUGGAACAACAGGUUACUUGGCGCCUGAGUAUGCCAUACGAGGUCAAGUAACAAGGAAAGCAGACAUCUACAGUUUUGGUGUUUUACUGUUGGAAAUUGUUUGUGGGAGGUCUAACACUAACAGACAUUUACCACCCCAAGAACAAUAUCUUCUUGCACGGGCAUGGGAACACCAUGAGAAGGGGCAGCUGGUGGGAUUAGUAGACACAUCUUUGAAUGGAAAUUUCGACGUUGAGGAGGCUUGCAGAUUCCUAAAGGUUGGCCUUCUCUGCACUCAAGACAUGCCUAAGCUCCGACCAUCCAUGUCUACCGUUGUUCAAAUGCUGACAGGUGCAUUAGAUGUGAAGGAGGGGAAGAUAUCCAAACCAGGGCUGCUUUCUGAAUUUAUGGAGCAUAGAGAAGGUGGGAGAGAUAAGGCCAACAAAAGACAUCCAUCUCACACGAUAUUCGCCUCAGGGAAGUUUAUCAAUUCAUCUUCUUCAUCAGAACCCGCCCCCACUUCAUUUGCUACUAUGACCUUCAAUUCUAUAUAUGACCGAAGCAAUUAGGGCAGUCAGGAUCCAUCCAUUUUUACGAAAUUGUCUCUGGUUUGGUCAGGCUGUAGGCAAUUUAAUUCUUCUAGGUUAUAUAGGGAAACAAGUACAUAUAUUUUUACGUGGAUACGAUUGUCUUCCUAAGAACUAGCCAAAUCAUUUUUCAGGUGUAAAUGUUUCUUGUCAUCCGAAACUUCAAUAGUUUGAAUGUUUGAUCAUCCUAAAAGAAUUUGAAAGAGAAAUAGCAUUAGUGAAUGUAUAUCUGUUGUGCAGAUAUAUAGGUAUAUAUAUAUA